CUGUGCAAUUGGAACAUUCCGGAAAAUAAUAAUCUUUUGUCCAGUGUUGAUGUAAAAGUUAUGCAAACGUUUCCGUGUCAACCACUUCGUCAGGAUACAGCUCUAAACUGCGCAAAUUAGAAAACUCAUAUAUGUAAUUGAUUCAACUCAAACAUAAGUAUUUUAAUCAAACAUUUGAAUGGCACUAAGGAAAUUAGAAAAUGGAAAAUAUUUUGUAUUUUCCUAAGAGACUGUUAAAUUCAUGGCGUGGUAGAAAUGUGGGUUUGGCAUUAUUGGUUAUCACAUUAAAUGCAGAAACAGUUAGUAAGGGAAACUGUGUAAACAAUCGGUACGUAGAAGCAGGAGGGGAGUGCUGUACAAACUUCUAUCCGAGCAAUGGUGAAUGUAUUGCGUGUCCCGCUGGAUCCUACGGGGACAACUGUUCGACAACCUGCCCUUCCCCGUCUUACGGAGAGAACUGUGGCCACCAGUGUCAUUGUAGUUCCUGGGAGGAAUGUAGUCCCUUCAAAGGCUGUGUCAAGAUAACUACUAGUAAACAUUAA